AUGAAUGUCUUCAAUAGACUCAAAUCCAACUCCAAUGCCAGUUCAAAGUCUCCUUCAGUCUCCUCCUCCGAGGAAUUCGGUCCUGUCUCACAUGAACCCAAAUUGACACCUCCUGCUCAUUACAAUCCUGCAACUCAUCCACCUCUCGAUGACGAACAAAAAGCCAAGGUAGCCAAGCUCCUGCAGUACAUUGAGUCAAUUAUGCUCCCUGAAACAGACAAGUACUAUCCUAGUGAAAGAGGCUUUGUCACAGAAAGUACCGUCAAAAGAUAUAUGCGUGCUAGAAAAUGGGACUAUGAGCAUGCAAAGACCAUGUUGGAGAAUUCUGUUCUGUGGAGACGUGAUUACCGUCCUGAUGAACUCGAUCCUGAAUACAUUAAACCAGAGGCCGAAACAGGUAAAAUGUACUUUAACGGGUUCGAUAAAUGUGGCCGUCCAGUCUGGAUUAUGAGACCAAGAUUGCAAAACUCCAAGGAUGGAGAGCGUCAAAUCAAGCACAUUGUAUAUAGUCUAGAGCGUGGUAUCCGUUUAAUGCCUCAUUUGGUCGAGAAUUUGGCCAUCAUUGUCGAUUUCAAAGAUUCAUCGGCGUCUCACAAUCCCAGCGUUUCAACAUGUAAAAAGUUUUUGGACAUUUUGGGUAAUCACUACCCCGAAAGAUUGGGCAUUGCGUUUGUUGUCAAAUCACCCUGGUUCUUUUUUGCUACAUUCAAAAUCAUUUCACCAUUCAUGGAUCCUGUGACCAAGAACAAAAUCAAAUUUGUUUAUGACGGAAAGGAGGAAAAGGAGAACAAAAACACAAGCAACGAGUGGGUGCAUAUGGAAGAUUACAUUGACCCUGAUCAAUUAGAGUGUGAUUUUGGUGGUCGUUACAACUUUUCAUACGAAUUAGAGCCUUACUGGUCUGCGCUUUUGGAAAAGACGGGUAAUCCAUACAAGAUUAUUGAAUACAAUUAA